AUGGAGUCAUUACAAACGGCGCACCAACAUGCGGCGAAUGCAGAGGAUUACCGCAACCAAGGGCUGCUCAUCCCAGCUUCAGAGGAACACAUGAAAGCUGCAGAAGCGUUUCACGCUUGCGAAGACAAGUCACAGGACGCAAACACAAAAACGACGCUCCGCAUGCUAUACAACGAACACGUAAAAGCUGGAAAGGAACUGCAGAGGAGAAUCGCAAAACUUCGUGAAGAGAACCAGGACCCCACCCUGCCGCAGAAGACCACGCCGAGGCAUACGCAGGUUCAUACACAUAAGAACGGAGGCGGUUCAAGUGCUUCUCCUCACGCUCCCGCUCCUGCAUCCUCCGCCCCACUGCAUGCUAGUGCUAGCAGUUCGAGUCGGUUAUUAGACUCCCAUAAUAACGUUGACGAAUCAUUCAUGGUGCUUGGGCAACAGUCUGAUCCGGGUGAUGCCUUCAAUAACUUUUGGAGAAUCAUGGAGGGGAUGCUCGACAAUUUGUCUCAGCCAGUUGCCUUCGCCACAGCCCCUUUGGGUACCGAACCAACCCCGGCGGGAAAGAAGAACUCACGGCGGGACGGAAACUCAAGUAGUGACACCGAUAUCGAACAGCCCCACACUUCCACGUUUUUUACACGGCUGGGAUUAGAUGGUAAAUUUAAGUCAAAAGUGGACACCUUGCUCGAGGAGACGGAUGAGGAAGUAUUUGCAGACGAAGGUAACGAUCUAUCAGAAUCCUUUUGCAUGAUUCCCUCGGAUUCGGAACGGUCCCGGUCGGAUUUGAAGAAAGAAAAUGUAUCACUGAAGCAAGAGCUUGAAGCGAUGUCAAAACGUUUGGCGGCUGCUGAGCGGAUCAUGCAGCUGCGCAAGGAACAAGACCAGCAAUUACGCGAAAGCAUUGUGAUGGCACGACACCAGGCACAGCGAGCAAUGGGUACCUCGACGGUAAUAACAAGGCAAUCCGGGCAACAACCGGUAGUAGACCUUAGUGCUCUGAAUAUCAAUUUGCCAGCUGUUCCAGCACCGGUGACGGCUUUGAACGUCGGUCGUGAUCGGGAAGCACAGCUACUUAGCCGCAUAAGGGAGUUGGAAGAAGAUGUUCGAGUUGUUCGCAUGGAGAAUGAGAAACAGAAAAUGACGAUCGCACGCUUUCGUGAGCGAUGGGAAAAGCUUAAGGAGUCGUCACGGCGCAAAAAAGAUGCUAAGGCUGUUGAAGCAACGAAGACGGGUAUGGGUGAACCUAUCGUGGAGGAGCCUGAGGCCGAGCAAAUGUUGGAUGAGGCUUCAGCACGCCCGCCGACGUAG